AAAAGACAAGAAAAGAAAAGAGAAAAGAUUAACUUAGGUAUUUACAAAACUCUCUAACACACCAUAAAACCCUGCGCCUGCAGAUUUCACUCUUCUUCCUCUCUCUCUCUCAUGUAAACUCUCUCUCUCUUCUCUGUUUCUUUAUCUCUCCCUUUUUUUUUCCCUUCUCUAAAUUUUUAUUUUUUUCCCUUUUUUUUUAAAAAAAAUUUCAUUAUUCAUUUCUGUAACUUCUCCUCCGUCAAAGACAGAGAGAGGGUGGGAAAAACAAAACAAGUCGAUUAAAAAUCAAAACUUUAAAAAACGAUGAUGCAACUUGGUGGUGGUACUCCGACGACGGCCACUACUACAGCCGCUUCAACCGCUACUACAACUGCACCACCGCCGCCGCCACCGCCACCGGCACAAUCGAACGAUUCAGCCGCAACAGAAGCUGCAGCGGCAGCAGCGGUCGGGGCGUUUGAGGUGUCGGAAGAGAUGAACGAGAGAGGGUUCGGAGGGAAUCGUUGGCCGCGGCAGGAAACGCUAGCGUUGCUGAAAAUACGAUCUGAUAUGGGAAUAGCGUUUCGAGACGCCAGCGUUAAAGGUCCCUUAUGGGAAGAGGUUUCUAGGAAAAUGGCGGAGCUUGGUUACAUAAGGAACGCAAAGAAAUGCAAAGAGAAAUUCGAAAACGUAUACAAAUACCACAAACGAACCAAAGAAGGCCGUACCGGUAAAUCCGAUGGCAAAACUUAUCGCUUCUUUGAUCAAUUGGAAGCUCUCGAGACUCAAUCAACGACCUCGCAUCACCACCACCACAACAACAACAACAACUCCUCCAUCUUCUCUACUCCUCCUCCGGUAACCACCGUUCUGCCGUCGGUAGCAACACUUCCGUCUUCGUCAAUUCCUCCGUAUACUCUUCCUUCCUUCCCAAACAUCUCCGCCGACUUCUUAUCGGAUAAUUCGACGUCGUCUUCGUCUUCUUACUCGACUUCUUCUGAUAUGGACAUGGGCGGCGCUACGACGAAUAGGAAGAAGAGGAAAAGGAAAUGGAAGGACUUUUUCGAGCGGCUGAUGAAACAAGUUGUUGAUAAACAAGAGGACCUUCAACGCAAGUUCUUGGAGGCUGUUGAGAAGCGAGAGCACGAGAGGUUGGUUAGAGAAGAAUCUUGGAGGGUUCAAGAGAUUGCUAGAAUCAACCGCGAACACGAGAUCUUAGCUCAAGAACGCUCUAUGUCCGCUGCUAAAGACGCCGCUGUUAUGGCCUUUCUUCAAAAGCUAUCAGAGAAGCAACCCAACCACCCAACGGUACCGCAACCGCAACAGGUUCGACCGCAAAUGCAGCUUAACAAUAACAACAAUCAGCAGCAAACGCAGCCUCCUCCUCCGCUUCCGCAGCCAAUUCAAGCUCUUGUACCGACGACUUCAGACACUGUGAAAACGGACAAUGGGGAUCAGCAUAUGACUCCAGCUUCAGCUUCGGGGUCGGCGAGCUCGUCGCGGUGGCCGAAGGUGGAGAUAGAAGCUCUGAUAAAGCUGAGGACGAAUCUUGAUUCGAAAUAUCAAGAGAACGGGCCAAAAGGACCACUGUGGGAAGAGAUAUCAGCGGGAAUGAGAAGGUUAGGAUUCAACAGGAACUCAAAGAGGUGCAAAGAGAAAUGGGAAAACAUAAACAAAUACUUCAAGAAAGUCAAAGAGAGCAACAAGAAACGUCCCGAAGAUUCCAAGACUUGUCCUUACUUUCACCAGCUCGAUGCUUUAUAUAGAGAACGCAACAAGUUCCAUAGCAGCAGCAACAACAACAACAUCGCAUCUUCUUCCUCAGCUUCGGGUCUUGUUAAACCGGAUAAUUCUGUUCCGUUGAUGGUCCAACCGGAGCAGCAGUGGCCUCCGGCGCCGGUAACGGCUACGGUAACUGCGGCAGUGGCAGCGGCACAGCAGCCUGAUCAGCAUCCGCAGCCGUCGGAUCAGAACUUCGAUGAUGAAGAAGGCACAGAAGAAGAAUACGAGGAGGAUGAGGAUGAGGACGAGGACGAGGAGAAUGAAGAAGAGGAAGGAGGUGAGUUUGAGCUGGUGCCUAGCAGCAAUAACACCAACAAGACGACGAAUAAUCUUUAAUGGUGAUGAGGAUGAUGCGAGUUCGAUUCGGAGUGGCGGUGAAAAAAUUAGUAAUCUUUUAUUUCUUCCUUUUUUAAAUUUUGAUACAGGAGAAGAUGAGAAAUUAUAUAUUGGAAGGGGGGUUUGUUUUUUCUGUCUUUUUUUCUUUUGAUCUUUUGAUUUUUAUUAAGUUAUACUGAAGAGAGAUUUAAUAUGUUAAAACCAAAAAAAUAAAAAAUAAAUGUGAUUUAAUUAUUAUUUUA